UUAAAAAAAGAUAGAAGCGUAGAAUACACAUAUAGUCUAAUGUAAGGCCAUUAAUCAGCCUUUACCUUUACCAUAUUUAUAAGAACUAAACUAUUGUCAGAUGAUGAGGCAGUUAAAGUUUGAAGUUAGAACUCAAAAUCUUUCAAAGUUAUUCGGGAAAGAAACCCUGUAAAAGCAAGCUAGAUGGGGAGAGGAAGGGUGCAGUUGAAGCGGAUCGAGAACAAGAUUAGCAGACAGGUAACAUUCUCCAAGAGAAGAACAGGUUUGCUCAAGAAAGCUCAUGAGAUCUCUGUGUUGUGCGAUGCUGAUGUUGCUCUCAUCGUUUUUUCCACUAAAGGAAAACUUUUUGAGUACGCCACUCACUCCAGUAUGGAGACGAUUCUUGAGAGGUAUGAAAGGUAUUCGUAUGCAGAGAAAUUGCUUACUGCUCCUGAAACCGAAACACAGGCAAGCUGGACUCUUGAAUCCUCCAAGCUUAAGGCAAAGAUUGAAGUUCUUGAAAAGAACAUAAGGCACUAUGAUGGGGAAGAUCUAGAGCAACUAAACCUUAGAGAGCUUCAAAAUGUGGAGCAACAACUUGAGACUGCUCUUAAGCGAAUACGGACAAAGAAGAACCAACUCAUGCACGAGUCCAUCUCUGAGCUUCAUAAAAAGGAGAGGGCAUUGCAAGAAAGAAACAAUUCACUCUCUAAGAAGUUGAAAGAGAAUGAGAAGACCAGUGAGCAACAAAUUCGAAUGUUGCAAUUACCUCAGCAUCCACCUCAGCCACAUCCAUGUUCAGUUGAUUCUUUUGCAAACACUAGUGGACCAUUCAUUGGAGCAGCCAUGAGGGAGGAGGAAUCAGCUCAAGUUCAACCUGUCUCCACCACCAUGAUGCCAUUGUGGAUGAUCCGCCACAUUAACCAAUAAGAACUUAAUCUUCCGCCCAUCUGAGUGUGUGAAUAUAGCUAUAUAAAGUGGUCAACUUUUGAUUUCUAUAAUUAUUAUUAUAUGUUUGAUUCCCGCUACAUAUAUACAUAUUUAUGCUCCAACGCAUUCUGGAAAGUGAAUC